AUGACAGAUACUAUUGACAACAUCAAUAUACAACCACUCGCAUUUGUACAUAAUAAUGAACUAGUUUGUAUUGAGGACGGGAAUGAACAAGGAAAUCAAAGAUUUUCUUGCUUCAAGAUUUUUAAAUUAAAGGGACCCAUUGACGUGAAUUAUGUGAUUAAUUCAAUCUUUCCUCCCUCCGAAAGAAAUUCUUAUGAUUUAAAUGUUUGCGAAUAUAAUGGAAAAUCUGCAAAGGUUAAGUUUCAAUAUAAGGGUCAAACCCCUACGGAUUUGAUUAAACACAUGAAAAAUGCCGCGGCAAAGUUUUUUCAUAUAUCCGAAAACGGACUUGCUGACUGGGCAGCAUCGGAUACCGUCACUUUUAAAUCGAUUUAUCGGAAUGUUGACUCAACUUCCACACAACAGCCACCUGACGAUGACUAUGUUUCGGACAUGUCAACCUCCUCGUCACUUGAACAACUUUAUCCGAUUAUAGAUGAAGAGGAAUUUGAACGAGAGAUUCGAGAAUUGUCUAAAAGGAUUAAUUCAACAGAACCACAUUUAUUGAAUUACGAUUUAGAAAAGAUAUUUCAUCAAUCAUUUCAAAGAAAGGAUAUGUCCGUCACCUAUCGUGAUUUGUCAACUGAAUAUUUUAGUCAAAUACAAGAAAUUGUAUGUUUCAUUGGUAAACCUUUUGAUCUCAAAAAAAUCGAUCGAUCGAUUUUAGGUUCCGAGAAGGUCAUCAACAAUUUGACAAAAGUCAAUCGUGCGAUUUUAUGUCCCGAGCAGGUCAUCAACGAUUUGACUAGAGUUUUAUAUAAACACGUUGAAAGUUAUAUCAAUAAAAGAGGUUUGUUACAAAAUUAUCAAUUUGGAAUUAUUAUUGCAUUGUGGAAUUUGAUUAGCGGGUUUAGAUCAGUACAACUUUCAUAUAAGUUACUGUUGGAGACUGAUGUAAAAUUUAAACAAAUCCUGAACGCACAACAAUCUCAUCUUAUGGCUCAUUUGACGAACAUGGACCAAAUCAUUAUGGAUGUCUUGAUCCUUUUGGAGGAUAAACUUGAUACGGAGAAGUACGAAAGACUUCAACGACGACUCGGAAACUUUGUUGGAACGGCCGGAGACUUCAUGAGGCUCAUUAUGAUUAUUAAUAAACAAAUAAAUGAGGAAUUGGAAAAAUUGGAAAACCAAGAAAAAGGUUUAACAAGCAAAUUAUAUGUUGCCGCUAUGACAAUCGGAUUCGCAGCAGUUAUUAUAGGUGGAAUCAUUCUUAAGCGGAAGGAUUGUCUCAGUAAAGCUAAGAAAUAUAUCGGAAAUACAAUUGCUUGUGCAACGGGAGUAGCGAUGAUAACAGGAUAUACAGCUAAAGUCGAGCUGCAAAAUUCUAUACAACAGCAGACACAUCUACUUGAACAAUUAAGACAGACUCAUGUGAAAUUAUUGGAAUGGAAAAAUCUUGGUAAACUAUACAUUGAUCGGGACAUUGAUGAAAUGAAUGAGAAUAGAACGAUUUUGACCAAAAAAUUUGUUACGAUUAGAUUUCAAUGUAAUGAACUUUGUAAAAUUUUUGAUUGA